AUGAUGGCGAAAAUGGGGUACGAGGAGGGCAAAGGCCUGGGAAAAGAAGGGGAGGGUAUGGUGAAUCCGAUUGAAGUGAAACUACGACCACAAGGAGCGGGUGUGGGGACUAUCAAGGAGAAGACGGCGCAGUACAAAGAGGAGCAGAAGCGCGCUGCGGAGAGACGAGGAGAGGAAUACGAGGGGAGCAGUGAGGAGGAGCGCAGGAAGCGGAAAGAGAGACGCAAGAAGACGCAGGGACUGGCGAAGGCGGAUGGCGGGAGUGGUGCUAGCACGCCUGGUGGUGCGCGACGACCGAAGACCAAGUACAGGACUGUCGCGGACGUGCAAGCUGCUGCGCCUGGACUGGAUGUGCCGCCGCAAAUGCUGAGCUCCAUUAUCGAUGCAACAGGCAGCAGUACGAAGAUGCUCACGAGUGCUGCUGGAAUCAUGGUGCCCGCUUCUGCACCUGUCGACUCGGAGGCAGAGAAGAUUGCCAAGCGAGAGAGGCUGGAGCUGGAGGCUUUUAUCGAGGCAUGGCAUGGGAUUCAAGAGCAGAAGAUUUACAUUGAGGAGCACGGCGGCCAGCAUCAGAUCGAGCUCGACCAGAAGAUGGAUGAGUUGAAGCAGCUUCAGGCCAUCACUGAGCUUGUUGAAGACCUCAAAGUUGUUGAUGUUGUUCCUUCUACGGAUAACGAUGAUGCGCCCUCGCCAUCUCCCUGGGAGAUUCUCAUCGACAAGCUGGAAGCACUGCAGAACAACCACAGACACGAGAUUACACGCCACGGACUUUCGGAAGCCGCCAUUGCAGCCAUAACACCCAAGUUCAAGCAGCGACUAGUUGACUGGGAGCCUCUUCAGAAGCCAGACAAACUGGUACCCGAUCUAAUGCGGAUCAAGCCCAUCCUAGGACUUGAUAGUCAAGACGAAGUGGCAACGACGAACGGCCAUGCCGACCUGGACGAAGCAUACGGCAAGACCAGGAGACAAAAAGCGACCUCUGCCUACGAAACGCUCAUGUACACCAUCUGGCUGCCCAAGAUCCGGAGCGCCGUGAGAGAAUGGAGCGUGCUCGACAGCACACCCAUGACGGCGAUCGUGAAGGCUUGGCGUUCCUUGCUGCCGCCUUUCAUCUACGCGCAUCUUAUCGACCAGAUGAUAGUUCCGAAGCUGGUUGCCGGUCUUCAGCAAUGGGAUCCUCGAAAAAGGAGUCACCAUCACAAACACGGUGCCAUCCGGAACGUGGCCCCUCACACCUGGAUCUUCCCCUGGCUGCCAUAUCUGCCUCCGUAUCACCUAGACGCAAAAGCAUUAGAGGGCCUGCUCGUAGAAGUGAAGCGCAGGAUCCGACACGUGCUCGACAGCUGCGACAUUUCUUCUGGCCUCCUAACCGGCCUGAACGAAUGGCGUGCAUUACUCCAGACCGAGCUCAACAGCAUCCUCAUCAAACACCUCCUCCCCCGCCUAGCACUCCACCUCUCCGCCAAACUCGACAUCGACCCCUCAGACCAAGACCUAACCCCCCUAGAAGACGUCCUAAAAUGGACCGAGCACUUCAAACCCGAAGUCUGGGCGCGUCUCCUCGUCGCCGAAUUCUUCCCCAAAUGGCUCUCAACCCUGCACCUCUGGCUCACGACCGCCGACGCAAACUUUGAAGAAAUCGGCCAGUGGUUCACGUGGUGGAAGCAGCAGAUCCCCGCGACUCUCAGCGCCCACCCCGAAGUGGCGCGCGAGUGGACCAAGGGGACGGAAAUGAUCAAUCGUGCCCUCGACCUCCUCGAACAGGACCAACCGCUCUCCCAACUCGCGCCCCCGGCCGCUGGGCCAGCGAAACCAAUCGCAAAGGAGAUGGCGAAGAAACUCGACGCCCCGGGCCCUGCGGCCUCACGAGCACAUCACCAGCCCGAAGCGACGGACUUCAAAGAAGUCGUGGAGGCUUGGUGCGCAGAGGAAGAUCUGACGAUGGUGCCGAUGCGAGAAGCGCACCCGACUACCGGGCUGCCGCUUUUCCGCAUCACCGCCAGCGCGACGGGGAAAGGCGGUGUGAUUGUAUUUUUACAAGGGGAUGUGUUGUGGGGGCAGCGGAAGGGGGAUCGCGGCGUGUACGAUCCUCUUGGACUUGGGGAGAAGUUGGUUGAGCGGGCUGAGGGGAGGUGA